AUGGCAGAGAAAGACUGUGCAUUGCUCGACCACUUUGCAAUUCUGAUUCAACUAUUACUUGGGGCGAUUGCCUUUAGCACACUAAUUUUAAAACGGCAGUUAGAGAGACCACGAAGACCAGUGCGCAUAUGGGCAUUCGAUGUAAGCAAACAGGUAGUUGGAGCAUUACUGAUACAUAGCCUCAACGUUCUUGCCUCGCUUAUUGCCGGUUCUGUGAGUAAGGAUACUAAUCCUUGUAUUUGGUAUUUCCUUAAUAUCUUUGUAGACUGUACAUUGGGUGUAUUUAUACUAUUUCUCGUAUUGAAAGCAAUAAAUACUUUAUUGGCUAAAAUGGGUGUCAGAGGAAUAAAGUCUGGUGAAUACGGUAAUCCACCUCGCUGGACAUGGUGGAUCAAGCAGACAUUAUCUUUUGUCUUUUGUCUUGCCCUUAUGAAAGUCAUCGUACUUCUUCUUUUCCGUCUCUGCCCCUUCCUUUUUGAUUUUGGAGAAUGGAUUCUUGGCUGGUCGCUACAUGAUACUCGUCUUCAAGUCGUUUUCGUUAUGCUCAUCUUCCCUCUUAUCAUGAAUAUUGUUCAAUUUUGGCUUGUCGACCAAGUGAUAAAGAAGCGAUUUGAGGGUGUGAAAUUGGAUGAUUCAGAUGGGUAUGGGAACGAGGACGAUGCAUUCUUGGGACGCAAAAGUAUAGAAAGCGACGAAUCGGCGAGGAAGAGAAGCACUUCAGUGAGUGAAAAUCAGGUGCAUGUUGCUAUGGAGGCAUUGAGAAGCAAUAACAGUGAGGAUGGUAUGGGUGAGGUUGAGUUAAAGGCGGCGGAUAGUGGACGAGAUAGUGAUGAGAACAAAGCAUAA